GUGACGGCGCGAGCGUGAUGGCGGAGGCGCUGUCCAAGGAGCAGACGGCCGAGCUGCGCGAGGCCUUCAACCUGUUCGACAAGGACCACUCCGGCUCCAUCACCAACAAGGAGCUGGGCUACGUGAUGCGGUCCCUGGGCCAGAACCCCACCGAGUCGGAGCUGCAGGACAUGAUCAACGAGGUGGACGUGGACGGGUCCGGAACCAUCGACUUCAGCGAGUUCCUGGCCAUGAUGGCCAAGAAGAUGGGCAGCGGCGACACGGAGGAGGACAUCCGCGAGGCGUUCCGCGUCUUCGACAAGGACGGCAACGGCUACAUCACGGCCACCGAGCUGCGCAUCGCCAUGACCAACCUGGGCGAGAAGCUCACGCACUCCGAGGUGGACGAGAUGAUCGCCGAGGCGGACAGGGACGGCGACGGCCUCAUCAGCUUCGAGGAGUUCGUCACCAUGAUGUCGCCCAAGUGACCCUGGCCGGCCUGGCCCCCGCCGGGGGCUUAGGUCUGCCUUCUAUACCGGCCCGGCCCGCGAGGGCGGACGGACCGGCUUGUCCCUGGGGACGCCGUCGUCGCCGUGGCCGCGGCCACCUUCCACCUUCGGACUGUUGUUGUUGGCGGCGGCGU